GGUAUGAAUCGAUCAUCUUCCAAACGUAGAACAGCCAAUGCGCCUUUGAAAUCCGGGUCGAUGCCAAUCACAAGCGCAUUAUCCACUGGGACCGAUGACGCCGAGAUCGCCAAAACCUCUGCGUCACACUCGGCAUCGACAUCCCCCUCGUCCCCAAGCGGUAAUGUCAGGGAAUCCAGCCAGUUCUUCCUGGAAAUCUCGGCUAUGACCUUCUUGCUCGGCUUCUUCGUCCUCGUAGCCACGGGCGCCUUCUUCUUGAGGGGAGAUUUCGUGGAGCAAUCGACAUUACCCGAGCUUUGCGAGCUCGCCGCGGUGGCUGCGAGCCGGACAAACCCUAAUCCCUUGCCGCAUUGCCCACACCACAGCCUUGCCACUGCUCGCAUCAUAAGCCCUAAACCCUAUGGGGGAAUGCGAGCUUCUUCCAGGCGGAUCACUGGCGCUCGCUCCUUCACAGCGUCUUUUUCUCCAGGCGAUCGUCAGUGCCCGGAAUGGAAGGAUUUCCUGGCGUGGCUCAAUAAGCGAGGUGGAUUAGGCAAGAACACCGCGGUGACAAUUGGAAUGUCACAGUAUGGAAGGGCAUUGUUUGCCACUCGUAGAGUUCCUGCUGGAUCACGUUUUCUCGAAAUACCCCGCAUUGCCAUUAUCACUCCAGAGAACGUACCCUCGCAAGUGAGCCACCUUCUGAGCACAAGCAACCCAAAGACUCGGCUGUCUCUUUUCCUUCUAUCCGAAAAACACAAAGCUCAGGAAUCGCAGUGGGCUCCUUAUCUUCGAUGCUUGCCUCAACUUGGUGAUAUCGAAAGCACGAUGUUUUGGAAGGAUGAGGAGCUAGCCUGGCUCAAGCACAGUCCAACUUAUCGCGAGACGAUGGAGUGCUUGAAAAUCAUCAAGUCGGAAUUUCACGUCCUUGAAGCAAACGUAUUCCCAUGGUGUCGUGAUGUGCUUGGCGAGGUCUCGCUCACAGACUUCAUGCACGCUUACUCAACUGUUUCUUCACGUUCCUGGGAAAGCCGAGAAGGAGACUUGACAAUGUCAAUGAUUCCAUUCGCGGAUUUUUUCAACCACGAUCAUAAUUGUCAAACACGGCUCUCCUACGACAAGGAAAAGGAUUGUGCGGUGGCAGUAGCAGAUCAAGACUACAAAGCUGGUGAUGAAAUAUUUCUCAGCUAUGGUUCCACUCCAAACUCCAUCCUUGCUGUUGAUUACGGCUUUGCUGUGGCAUCCAAUCCCCACGAACAGGUGGAGGUACCGAUGGGUGUUUCACUAACAGAUCCACUCCGAGAUUUGAAACUUCAGACUCUAUCGCGACAUAAUAUGAGCACAGACUUGAAUGACGAUGGUUCUCCGAGUGGAAGAAAGCGUUUCACUUUCAGGGAUAGUGAUCUAGCUGAGCGCGGCUCUAUGGCGGUGGCUCCGCUCCGUGCUUUUGCUCGGCUUAUAUGUGCGGAAUCUUACGAAGACUUGGAAGAGAUGGCCGAGGAAUCGAUUACACACGACGUUUUCUAUGCGCUUUCACCAAGGCGUGACGAGCGCAAGGAAUCCGAGGCCGUUUCUUUUGUGUGCACACAGAUUAAGCAGCAAGUUGAUCAACACUCUAAAGCUCUAAAGGAUCUCGACGACGAUCGUGAAAUCCCUCUAUCAAGGAAAUCAAUAUUGAGAAACAUCCUGACUGGAGAGCUCCGUGUUUUACGAAAUCUGUCCUGCAUUACUUGUUUAUAAUCAAGUUUAUUUAUAAACAGUUUUUUUUUUUGGUU